AUGCAAGCUGGAGGGGUAGCAGGUGCCUUUGUGGACUUGAUAUUAUUUCCUUUGGAUACUAUUAAGACAAGGCUGCAGAGUCCCCAGGGAUUUAACCAGGCUGGCGGCUUUCGUGGAAUAUAUGCUGGUGUCCCUUCUGCAGCUGUUGGAUCCUUUCCUAAUGCUGCUGCAUUUUUUCUCACCUAUGAAUAUGUGAAAUCUUUGCUGCACACCGACUCAACUUCACACUUCAGACCCAUGAAGCACAUGCUGGCCGCCUCUGCAGGAGAAGUGGUUGCCUGUUUGAUUCGAGUGCCUUCUGAAGUGGUUAAGCAGAGGGCACAGGUGUCUGCGUCUUCAAAGACCUUGCAGAUUUUUUCUACUAUCUUAAGUGAAGAGGGCAUCCAAGGACUGUACCGAGGCUAUAAAAGCACAGUUUUAAGAGAGAUUCCUUUCUCCUUGGUCCAGUUUCCCUUGUGGGAAUCCUUGAAAGCGCUCUGGUCGUGGCGGCGGGGCCGUGUGGUGGAGUCUUGGCAGUCAGCCGUCUGUGGAGCUUUUGCAGGUGGCUUUGCAGCUGCAGUCACUACACCUCUGGAUGUGGCUAAGACAAGGAUCAUGCUGGCAAAGGCCGGGUCCAGCACUGCUGUUGGGAAUGUGCUAUCUGCCAUGCAUGGGGUGUGGCGCUCACAGGGACUAGCAGGGCUAUUUGCAGGUGUCUUCCCGAGAAUGGCAGCAAUCAGCAUGGGAGGCUUUAUCUUUCUGGGUGCCUAUGACCAGACCCGAAGCUUGCUGCUAGAGGUGGGCAGGAAGAGCCCAUGAAGAAGACACUUCAUGUCCUUGGAGGACUGCUGUGCAGUCCCCUCUCCUCGUCCUGGAGCUACAGUGCAGCUACGAAGAUGGCUCGGAGAACAGCUUAAUGAAGGUGGCACAGACUGCCCCAGGAAACUGUCCUUGGUGAAACUCUGACCCAGCCCCUCAGUCCUCUCAAUAAAUACUCUUGGUAAGGCCUUUGAUCAGCAUCCUGCACUUCCUGCUAUCUAUUGGAGUCACCAGAAAAGCAAGCUGGCUACAACUGGAAGUGAAUGACCAGACUGGGAAAAGGAAGGAGGCUUGGGGCAGGAACUCUGCGUGUGGGUGUUUCUCCCCUGGGCUAAUGCCUAUUGUGUAAGAUUAUAGCUUUGUUUAAAAAGCACGAACUGCAGGUGCAUAGCACGCAUUCUUUCUGGUAAGGAGGCUGCUGUUUUUAAUUACCCUUGUAUUUCUCCUAUAAAAACACAUGAUUAUAUUAUAUUACUUUACAGCAAAGUGCCCCAAAGUCCCUGGAGUGUGUGACAGACAGCAGGCAGCUGCAGUGCUUGUGAGUGGGUGGGCCCAAGUGACUUUAGUUAGGAGCAUGGCUGAGGGAAGCAGUGUGUCCGUGAGCACUGUGUCCUCCCUGGAGACCAGCCAGAGCUGCUCCUUUGUCCUCAAGGUAUAUGCCAGCAGGAGGUGGGAGGGUCAGCAUAUUUGGGGAGCAUAAGGCUUGACUAACCAGCUCCAUGUGGCAAAAAAAAGUGAGCUAUCUGAGGAAUGUAGUGCCACUGCCUUCCUGGGGCAGCAGUGUGUAGUCUGUGCUUUGUCUAAGUAUUCUCCGUUUGGGGAAACAUUAAUAGCAGAACUGCACUUACAAGAACAAUGACCGCAGCACACACUUAGUAUUUAUAAAUGAACCUUUAUUAAAGACACUUUAAUGCCAUUUGUUAGACACUUCAAUAUUUUACAUGUUUUCAAUGUACACUGUACCAAAAUUUCUAUAAAUAAAUAACUCUGUACAUAAAAAGUAA